AUGUUAAGGUUUGGAAUACAGAUCCUAUUACUGACACUCGCAAUCGCAGCCAGUGCAGAGAGGGACCCUCACGAUUUCUCUUUCGAGAGAUUGAAUCGUAGAAAUAUGUUGACCAAUGGCAUGGCUACAGAUAAUUCGGCUGUGCCCACUGAGGAACUGGAUCCUUAUUAUUGGCGCAAAAUGGCGAGUGUCGAAAUUCAAAAACGUCUGGUCGAGCAACCAAAUACGAACAGAGCGAAAAAUGUUAUCUUCUUCCUGGGCGAUGGCAUGUCACUGACCACAAUCACAGCCGCGCGCAUACUUAAGGGACAGCGUGACGGCAAACCGGGUGAGGAGUCACAGCUCGCUUUCGAGAAAUUUCCAUACACCGCCUUGAGCAGAACAUACUGCACCAACGCUCAGGUGGCCGAUUCCGCUUGCACUUCCACCGCUUAUCUCACGGGCGUUAAGACUAACAUUCUUUCGCUGGGCGUUGGUCCAAAGGUGAACUACAAUGACUGUGAAGCCUCCAUGGAUCCGGCCAACGACCUCACUUCACUUUACGAUUGGGCGCAGGCAGCUGGUAAAUCCACCGGUUUCAUCACCACCACCAGCCUCACACACGCCAGCCCAUCCGGUGGUUACGCGCAUGUCGCGAAUCGCUUUUGGGAGUCUGAUACAGACGUGCGCACUUAUCUCGGUGACAAUUACACCACCAAUUGUGUUGAUAUAGCCACGCAACUCAUUACCGAGGAGCCAGGCCGUAAUUUGGAUCUGAUAAUGGGCGGAGGUAUGGGCAAAUUUUUGCCAAAAACUAUGAUCGACAAAUUCGGCAAUCCAGGUGAACGGUCGGAUGGCAAAAAUCUACUCUCCGAAUGGCAGCGCCGCCACCCGGGUGGUGUGCUGGUCAGCAAUCGCAAACAGCUGCAGGCACUCAACAUUAACCAAACCACCAGUGUGAUUGGGCUUUUCCAAUCAAAGCUGAUGAAUUACCAUCUUCAUGCAACGGAAGGCGAGCCGACCUUGUCCGAAAUGACAGAGACGGCCAUUAAAUUUUUGAGUAAAAACGAAAACGGUUACUUCGUCUUCAUCGAGGGCGGUCUGAUCGAUUACGGCAAUCACAAAAACACACCCGGCAUCACUCUGGAUGAGACAAUAGAAUUCGAGAAGGCUGUGGAGUUGACGCGCAACUUAACCAGCACCGAGGACACACUCAUUGUAGUGACGGCCGACCAUGCACAUCCGCUCAGCAUAUCCGGUUAUCCCGUGCGGGGCAACAAUAUUUUGGAUAUCAACAAGAUCAGCUACGAUCGAAACGGCGUGCACUAUGCGACGCUCAACUACGCAGCCGGUCCUAAACAAUAUCUGGAUGAGAGUGGCAAGCGCCUUGAGUUGGAGGGUCAGUUUGGCGAUGCCGAUUUUGUCUUCCCCAGCUACAUCUCCACAGAUGACGGCGUUCACAGUGGCGAAGAUGUCGUCGUGUACGCUUCCGGACCAUGGCAGCAUCUAUUCGGUGGUGUGCUCCAACAAAACACCCUACCCCACCUUAUGGCAUAUGCCGCAUGCAUUGGGGAGGGCGCUAAGUCCUGUGCCGAUAUGGCAGUGCACUCAUAA